ACAACGAACUAUCGAUACACCGAAAAUGAGUCAAGAUGGAUACAUAAAAUGGAGACAUCGUGGAUUACCCAAAUUGGGACGACGAUAGGACAUUUCACUUUCUUUCGCAAUAUUUCUGAUCAUGACUCAACCACUAGGAAAGGGGAUUGCUUACUCUCAGCCACGUUUUCGCUUAUGCUUAGUCAAGUGAGGAUUCCAUUCGAAGUAACGUAACAGGAGCACCAUCUUCAAAACUUCUCGGGAUCCGGAGUUUUUCGAUAAAAGGUCCCAUCCUUCAAUAUCAUGAUUGGGUCAACCAGGCCAGAUCAUAAGUGAAAUAGUUUGAUCGGGUCGACCAGGUCAGGCCCGAUCAUGAGUGAAUAGAAAAUUGAAAACGUACAUAGCUGUUCCAGCGGAAAUACUUUGUUUAAUUCUACCACUUCUACUAGGAGUAGCCUUUUUAGUGCUAGCUGAACGUAAAGUAAUGGCUUUUGUGCAACGUCGAAAGGGUCUUGAUGUAGUGGGAUCGUUCGGAUUGUUACAACCUCUAGCAGAUGGUUUGAAAUUGAUUCUAAAAGAACCUAUUUCACCAAGUAGUGCUAAUUUCUCCCUUUUUAGAAUGGCUCUAGUGGCUACAUUUAUGUCAAGUCUGGUCACUUGGGCCGUUGUACCUUUUGAUUAUGGUAUGGUAUUGUCAGAUCCGAACAUAGGGCUACUUUAUUUGUUUGCCAUAUCUUCGCUAGGUGUUUAUGGAAUAAUUAUAGCAGGUUGGUCUAGUAAGACGAGGGGCGGCCGUUCGGUCGCCUAUGAUAUACGGACCAAUUGGUCAAAAAUGGGUUUGUGCCGCAGGUGUUGAACGAUCUACUCUACGCAGGUGUGGGCUUACAGGGCUAGGGCUCAUAAACCCUUUCUUUCAUUCAUCAAGGGGUCGGUCACUUUUCCGGGCCGGGAUCGAGAAGUGGAAGUCAUAAAAAAGAGAUGUUUCUCUUCGCACCUCAUAUCAAGAGGAAAGGUAGCUUGUCAAGCUGGUCUCACUAUUGGAAAUUCU